UAUAAAUCGCCUGGUAGGGCUGAAAUUCAGGUUAGUGCAGACGGUUUCCGAGCCCACCGCGAAGCUGCGAACGCAGGCACACGCGCGCACGAACGCACACCAUGAUGCAGAUCCACGUCCCGUUGCUCGUCAUUGCUGCGAUCCUGGUCGCGUCGAUAGAGUCGAAACCGAUCUGGCCGGAGAUCUACUUGGGCAACUACCCCUCCGAGGCCAUAGGCGUUCAGCAGUCGCAGCUCCUUCACUACCAAGAGCACAGCCCCUAUUACGUUUACAAUGUGCGCCCAGACACCGUCCCCGCUGCUGUAAUCGCUAACGGGAAGCCAACGAUCUCUCAAAUCCCAGCCUAUGGUUUAUACUAUCAGUAUCCGUUCUUCGAUUUCCGGUACCCAGUGGUUCCGCUGGACCCGACAGCGAAGCCGGUUCAACCGGCAGAGCCGCCGAAACCGGCGGAGGAAUCGAGGCCGACGGUUCCGACGACCACCCCCGCCGAACCGACCGAAGGAAAAGAUGGCGGGAUCGAGAAGCUGGACAACAAAGUCGAACCGGAAAGGGAUGGAAAGAAAUCGAGCGAAACGAGCAACAACGACGACGACACCGUCGUGAUCGAGUCGCUGUAAAAUCGGUCGCUUCUACGCGAAGCCGGUCUAAUGUGAAACGAAACGCUUGUACCGUGCGGCUGUCGUUCGACAGAUUUUCUCAUGAUCCCCCAUGGAGCCACUUCGAUCAUUAACGAACAAUAAACUCGACCUUCAUUUCUCUAA